GCGAACUACCUAAAGUUCAAUAAACUCAUCUACUCCUUUCAUUCUUCAUUUGAUCGCUUUCAUACUACUCUAUCUCUAAGGCCAUCAUGGGUGUUUUCACUUAUGAAACUGAGACCACCUCAGUCAUUGCACCUGCUAAACUAUUCAAGGCCUUUGUCCUUGAUGCUGACAACCUCAUCCCAAAGGUUGCACCUCAUGCCAUUAAGAGUGCUGAAAUCAUUGAAGGAAAUGGAGGUCCCGGAACCAUCAAGAAGAUCACCUUUGGUGAAGGUAGCCAAUUCAAGUAUGUGAAGCACAGAAUUGAUGAGGUUGACCACGUAAACUUCACAUACGGCUACAGCGUGAUUGAGGGUGAUGCUUUGAGUGAAGUACUCGAGAAAAUAUCAUAUGAGAUCAAGAUUAUUUCAAGUCCUAAUGGAGGAUCCAUCUUGAAGAGCACCAGCAAGUACCACACAAAGGGUGAUCAUGAGAUCAAGGAAGAGCAAGUUAAGGCUGGCAAAGAAAAGGCUGCGGGACUUUUCAAGGCUAUUGAGAACUACCUCUCGGCACACCCUGAUGCCUACAACUAAAGUUGUGUUCUGUAUUUGUCCCCGCAAUCAUGUAGCUUUCAUGUUUUAUUUUUAGCAAAUACUGCCUUUGGGCUUGCUAAUAAAGGACUUCGCUGUUAUAAAUUGUGAUUCUUGUGAUGUUCUAGCUGGAACAGUUAAGAGUGAAUGUCUUUUUAC